AUGGCAACAUCAAGAGCCUGGACCUUCACAGCCCGCGGCGCCCCCCGCUCCGUCCUCUCCCUGACCUCCCAACCCCUCCCAACCCUACCACCCUCCCGCGCCCAGCUCGCCAAGGCAAAACCCAACGACGGUGACGAGUGGCUCGCCAUCAAAGUCGCCUACGCCGGCCUCAACCCCGGCGGGCACUUCUACCUCACCCUCAUCCCCGCCGCCGCGAGGGCGAAGACCGCCGUGCCGGACAUGGACCUGAGCGGCGUCGUGACCGACGUCUGGUCCGGGGGAUCCUCCUCCGCGGCAGAACGACAACGGCGCUUCGUCAGAGGCGACCGCGUCGCCGCCUUAAUACCCGUGGGAUACGGCUUCCCGACCGGCACCGGGGCGCUCGCGGAGCACGUCGUGCUCCCCGCAAAGUACGCCGUCGCCGUGCCGCCUCAGGUGCCCCUGAGGGACGCGGGCUGCGUCCUGACGGCGGGCUGCACGGCGCUCACGACGGUUCGGGCCGCGGGGUUGAAGAAGGGCGAUAGAGUGCUCGUGUACGGGGCCAGCGGGGGCGUCGGGACUCUGGCGGUGCAGAUGGCGCGGGAUGCCGUCGGGCCCCGGGGCACGGUGGUGGCCGUCUGCUCCGGGCGGAACGCGGAGAUGGUCAUGGGUCUCGGGGGCGUUGAUGAGGUUGUCGAUUACACCGCCGCCGGCGGCCGCGUCUCUGAUUCUCUGAGGGAGAAGUUCGGGAAAGAGGGGAAGAAGUUCGACGCGGUGGUGGACUGCGCCGGGGUGCAGGACGUCUACGUCCACUGCGCGUCGUACCUGCGUCCCGGGGGCGUGUACGCGUCGGUGGGGAUCAAGCCGGCGGCGAAUACGUAUGGGGGGUUCGCGCGGGCCGUGUGGACGAUGCAGAUGAAUGCGCUCUGGCCCGUGAGUCCGUGGCUCGGGGGCACGGGGCGGAGGUGGAAGGGCACCACGAUGAUGGAUCCCGGGAGGGGGUUGAUGGAGGACGUGGUGGGCAUGUUGGCGGAUGGGAGGGUGAAGGUUUUCUCUGGGAAGGAGGUUGGGUUUGAGAGGGCUGUUGAUGGGUAUGAGGUUGUCGGGAGCGGGAGGGCGAGGGGGAAGGUUGUUGUCCGGGUUAACGGGGAGUGA